UCUAGUUGGCUGGGUUCUUUCUCUUGUUUUCACUCUUAGUACAAACAAGAGUCAGUACAGAUAGGCAGGAUAGCUACUGGUACACUGAAAGGGAGGAAGAGCAUGGAUUGUCUGCACCCGUGAAAGAAAGCCGGCAAUCUCAGGCCAGAGCUGGACUUUUUGUCUGCUGAAGAAAAGCAUGUUGCAGCCUUGCACAGAGUGGUUGAAGGGGAAAAGCAAGUGAAUGCAGUUACUGUAACAUCAUGGGGAAUACAAGUACUAAGUUUCGGAAGGCACUCAUAAGUGGUGAUGAAACCCUGGCCUGGCAGCUUUAUGACAGUAGUCCUCAGCUGAGGGAGGCCCUUGAUCCUAACAGCUCCUAUGGUGAAGCAUAUCAGCACAACACUCCCAUGCACUACUCAACACGGCAUGCUAUGACCAGACUGUUACGGACAUUUCUUGAAAACAAGGAUGGUAACCCAAACAAGCGAAAUAUCCAUAAUGAAACUGCUUUGCAUCUCUUGUGUAUGGGUCCGCAGAUCAUGGUUCCAGAGGGAGCACUUAAUACACGUCUGUCACGGCCUUCAGAAGAUGAUAGAAAAAGAGCAUUGUGCCUACAGAUGGCCUUGAAAUGGAAAGGAGCAAAACUUGAUCAGGGAGAAUAUGAGAGGGCGGAUAUCAGCGCUGUUGAUAACAAAAAAAACACACCUUUGCACUAUGCUGCUGCCUCAGGGAUGAGAGCUUGUGUAGAGCUUUUAGUGAAGCAUGGUGCAGACUUGUUUGCAGAAAAUGAAAACAAAGACACUCCAUGUGAUUGUGCUGAAAAGCAACACCACAAAGACUUGGCUUUAAGUUUGGAGUCUCAAAUGGUAUUCUCACGAGAUCCUGAAGCUGAUGACAUUGAAGCUGAGUAUGCUGCAUUAGACAAAAGAGAGCCAUAUGAGGGCUUGCGACCCCAGGAUCUGCGAAGACUGAAGGAUAUGCUGAUUGUGGAGACAGCAGAUAUGCUACAGGCACCACUUUUCACUGCAGAAGCCCUACUUCGAGCAAAUGACUGGGAUAGGGAAAAAUUACUUGAAGCAUGGAUGUCCAAUGCUGAAGAAUGCUGUCAGCGCUCAGGUGUUCAAAUGCCAACUCCACCUCCCAGUGGUUAUAAUGCAUGGGAUACUCUCCCCUCCCCUCGAACUCCUCGCACCACACGAUCAUCAGUGACUUCACCCGAUGAACUCAGUCUGUCUCCAGGAGAUGAGGAUACACCACUGUGUGGCAUAUGUUUGUGCAGUAUUUCUGUUUUUGAAGAGCCGGUGGAUAUUCCUUGUGGUCAUGAAUUUUGCAGAGCCUGUUGGGAAGGGUUCUUGAAUCUGAAAAUCCAGGAAGGAGAGGCUCACAACAUUUUCUGCCCUGCCUAUGAUUGUUUUCAGCUGGUUCCUGUGGACAUCAUAGAGAGUGUGGUUUCCAAGGAGAUGGACAAGAGAUAUCUACAGUUUGAUAUUAAAGCAUUUGUUGAAAAUAAUACUGCCAUCAAAUGGUGUCCUAUGCCAGCUUGUGACAGAGCAGUCAGAUUGAAAAAGCAAGGGUCAAACAAUACUGGAACAGAUACACUGAGCUUCCCACUUCUGAGAGCACCUGCAGUAGACUGUGGGAAAGGACACCUGUUUUGCUGGCAGUGCCAAGGGCAGUCUUCACAAUUAUGUAAUUGCCAAACUUGGCUUGGCUGGGUUCCAAAAAUCUAAGACACCCCCCCCCAGGAGAUUGCUGGUGUAUGUGAAGCCUAUGAAGAUGCUGCUAACUGCCUGUGGCUGCUAACAAACUCCAAACCUUGUGCUAACUGUAAAUCACCGAUACAGAAAAAUGAGGGUUGCAACCACAUGCAGUGUGCCAAGUGUAAGUAUGACUUUUGCUGGAUUUGCUUGGAAGAAUGGAAAAAGCAUAGCUCCUCUACAGGGGGCUAUUACAGAUGUACUCGCUAUGAAGUCAUUCAGCAGGUAGAAGAACAGUCGAAAGAGAUGACAGUUGAGGCUGAGAAGAAACACAAGAAGUUUCAGGAACUUGACAGAUUUAUGCACUAUUACACAAGAUUUAAGAAUCAUGAACAUAGCUACAAGUUAGAAGAACGUCUUCUGAAAACAGCCAAAGAAAAAAUGGAGCAGCUUAGCAAAGCUCUCAUCAAAACCCAGGGAAUUUCUCCCGGAACUAUGUUCAUAGAAGAUGCUGUAAAGGAACUGCUGAAAACUCGGCGCAUUCUUAAGUGUUCUUAUCCAUAUGGAUUCUUUUUGGAACCCAAAAGCACAAAGAAAGAAAUUUUUGAACUUAUGCAGACGGAUUUAGAAAUCGUCACUGAAGAUUUGGCUCAGAAAGUAAACAGGCCUUACCUUCGCACCCCUCGCCAUAAAAUUAUUCGGGCAACAUGUCUUGUUCAGCAGAAAAGGCAAGAGUUCUUGGCCUCUGUAGCCCGUGGAGUUGCACCUGCGGACUCUCCUGAAGCACCAAGACGCAGCUUUGCUGGUGGAACAUGGGACUGGGAAUACUUGGGAUUUGCUUCACCUGAAGAAUAUGCUGAGUUUCAGUAUCGAAGGAGGCAUAGGCAGCGAAGACGUGGAGACAUGCGCAGUUUACGUAGCAAUACCCCUGAUCCUGAUGAUCACAGUGAAAGCACUUUAGAUACUCAAGAGGGUGGCAGUAGCAGCAGGAGACAAGAUACCUCAAUGGUGAGUUCUGCUUCUAUGAGUAUUCUGCACAGCUCUUCGCUUCAUGACUAUACUCCUGUCAGUCGCUCUGAAAACCAGGAUUCACUUCAGGCUCUAAGCUCACUAGACGAGGAUGACCCUAAUAUUCUGCUAGCUAUACAGCUGUCUCUGCAGGAAUCCGGUCUGGCUGUUGCUGAAGAGACGAGGGACUUCUUAAACAAUGAAGCAUCAUUAGGCGCUAUUGGGUCAUCUUUACCUUCAAGGCUUGAUCUAGUUCCACGGAGUCUGGAAAACCCCAGGGCUGCACUGAGCAGCUCUGAGCUUUUGGAACUUGGAGACAGUCUGUUGAGAUUACGUACAUCAGAUGAACCUUAUUCCAGUGAGCAUUUUAGUAGCUUGAAUCCUUUUGGUGAGGUUCAUAGUAGACUGUUUUCAUCAUCAAGUGAUCAAGAUUCAGAAAAUCAAGACCCUUCUAUAAAUGCAAACCUUCUUGGAAAUAUCAUGGCUUGGUUCCAUGAUAUGAACCCUCAGAGUAUUGCAUUUAUCCCUCCAGCACUGGCAGAAGUUGAUGAAGGGUCACAGUUACCAGGUACUGCAGAGGAGCAAGAAACUCCAAAACUAGAAGACAUGACUUUUGGACUUCAGGAAGAACAUGCACUUUUUGAAGCCAGUCUCCUGAGUGAUAGUAAAACUGCAGACCCAGAAGAAACUGCUUCUCAGGACCCUCCUUUUGUGAUUGAAACUGUGCCACAAGGGGGUGGUGGGAGUGGGAGUGACUUAUUAAGUGAAGAUAGCAGUAAUGUGAAUAUUACAGAAGUAAUCACAAGUCACUCACCUCAGCCUUCAGAUGAAUGGGUUGAUGAAUGGGUUGAGCAAGUACGUUUAGUAUGAACAGAGAAUGCAACAAAAUUCAUUUUAUUAGCCAUUACAUCCAGACGUGCAGUGUUGGAGCAUCAAGUCCACUAAAUGGUAGCCCUGAAGAAACUCACUAGCAAUAAGAGAAUCAAACAUCUCUACAGGAGAUUCCAUGUACAUUUUAGUCCUCCUCCUAAGUAAAAUAUGUUAGUGAAUGACCAUUGUUCCAAACUGUGGAGGUCUCUGGUUAUUCUUUUCACAGGUCUGGCUGAAUAGGUUUAUGCACUGUGUGCAGGAACUGCUGAGUACUCACCAUUAUUACUGAGACUUAAGCAUUUGCUGUGAACACAUGCUAAAGGGAAAACACCUUGGAACAUGCCUCUUUUUCAGGGUACCUAGGAGACGCUUCUCAGAGUUGGUGGCACUUGUAAUGGCUGAGUAAGUUGUAAACUUUUUUUUUCUUGGGUAGUCUUAAUUUUAAACCUCUUCACAGUAAGAUAAUAAGAAGGAAGCAAACAGUGCUAUCAUUUAGAAUUAAGAAGUAUAAAUCACAGAGAUGUUGUUGCAAUGCUAGCAGAAAAGCAUUAGAAAAGGUUUUACCAGUGCUUUUCUUCCUGCAUGUGUGCUGUGCACUUGUAGACUUUCAGUAAUAGUGGUGAGUGGCCAUUAGUUCUGUGCACUUUAUUUUUAUAUGCGUGGCCUUCACGGGAUCAGACUUUCCCUUCUAAGUCUGUAGUUCUUUUUUUUUUUUUUUUUUGAAAGAUUUGUACACUCCUUGCUGGAUGCAUUUCAUGCCACAUUCCAACUCAACUAUAGAGCUGUUCCAUUUAGCCUAAUCCUGGAAGUGUUAUACUGAGAGAACAAAUCAUUAAUACAUCUGUUACUGUAAUCUGACCAUCUGUUUUGGACACAACCAUGACAUGUAUUGUCUUUUCUUUAUUUAAACAUUUUAGCAGUUUGCUUUUCGGAAAUAUUAAGCAAAAGUUUCUAGUAUCUUGAAGCAUCUUGGUACUGUCAUGAGAAAAUGCCUUUUGCUAACUUGUUAAUGGAACUUUAUCAGUGAAAGCAUGGAUGUAAUUAGUGAGAAAAAUGGUUUCUUUACAAUCAGAAAUGUGCCAAACAGUUAAAUAGUUUAAAACACUGUAUCAUGCUAAAGUGUGCCUGAACGGCUACAGAGCAGUUAUCUGAUGUUGACACCUGUAGCUUUCAUUAUUUAUAUAUGUAUAUAUAUAUAUAUAUAUAUAUAUAUAUAUAUAUAUAUAUAUAUAUAUAUAUGUAUAACUAACACUGCAUUGGUUACUGCAUGUAUUUACAUGUAACAUGUUCUUUCAUAGGUAAUAUUGGACUCUGAAAACUGCACAUUAAAUCUGUGGACUGAAUUGGUUAGUGACAGGUGCACUGAGUUUUAAAUGGCAGUCACAUUUUAUUGAAAGUGCAAUCUUAAUUAUGUUUUCAUCACAAUGAAAAAGUGAUUCCUAGUACUGUCCGUGCCAACAGUUUUAAUGAUUGCUUUGGAAGUAUAUCGAUUAUUUUACCCAGCACACAGAAAAAAAAAACAGCCUGGUGUUCGGAACUAGACGAUGAGAUCAACAAUAAAACUGGAUGAGUGUCCUAUGCAUUGUUACUGUGCCUUUGCCUGAUCUUGGUGUGUUUACACUUUUACACUACUUUAUGUUUAAUACAUGUUAUUUAACAGCUUAAAAGCAGACUUCCUAGAGUGACAUUCCUGAAAUAUCUCGUUCACCAGUGAAGUUGGGUUCAUAUGAAAUAUUUAACAUGUUUUACUGAGAAACAGUAUUCUGACAUUUUCUCAAGUUUGCAGCAAAAUCUAUUGUUUUGAUUUUUUACUGUUUUUACCUGUUAUACUAAAGAUAAAGCGUGGCAGGUGUUGAGCAUGCAUAAUCCUCCUGUACUUUGCUUUGAUAAAGCACACAGAACAUGGGGGAGAGGACUGAGGUGAGUGAUUAAGGCAUAGUGGCAGGCUUCAGUAUGAUUUGUCAUGCUGCAUAGCUGGUUGUAAUCAAGACUUAGUCUUCUAAUGUGUAAACGUGUGUUCAUCCAUGAAGUUAAAGUGGGUGUUAUUAAAAUGAGAAAAUCUUGUUCUAUAUUUGCACUUGGGUUGAUCUCCCAGGCAAGUUGGAAGGCCUUUGUCUUACAGUGUACCUUGAAAUCUGUUGCUGGUUCUUUCCUAACUUGUACACAUUUGUUUCUUUUAAACAUAUAGUACUUAAUAUGCUAAUAAAGAUUUAAUGGGCACGCUUUUA